AUGUCUGUUGGGAAAGUUCGAGAUUUUGACAUAAAAAAUGGGAAUUGGUCGGCGUACGUCGAUCGUCUCGAAAUGUAUUUUGUUGCUAACAAAAUAGCGGAAGAUUUGAAGUUACCAACAUUAAUAGCUCUUAUCGGCGAACCGGCUUAUGAGUUACUGUCUACUUUGGCGAGCCCGAGAAAACCAUCAACCCUGAAAUAUAAAGAAGCGGUGGAAUUACUGCAAGCACAUCUACAGCCGAAACCAUCAAUUCUCGCGGAGAGGUAUAGGUUCCGACAAAGACGCCAAUCAGCGGGAGAAACGAUAGCUGAUUACGUGGCAGAUUUGAAAAAGAUGUCACGUUAUUGUGAAUUCAAGAUCAAUUUAGAAGAAAAUUUGAGGGAUCAGUUUGUGUGCGGGUUACGUAGCGAAUAUAUACGUCAGAGGUUAUUCGCGGAAGAUAACAUAGAUUAUCAAAAAGCGCUAGUAUUAGCCAAUACUCUGGAGGCAGCUGAGCGGGACGCCGGGGCCGUAGAGGGAACGCAGGAACAAACUACCAGCCGGGAACUAAGCGAGAGAAUACACAAGUUGGAACUCAAUAAAUGCUCAGCCUGCGGGGUCAACGGUCAUGGGGCACAUAACUGUAGGUACAAGGAGUUCGAAUGUAGUUAUUGUGGACAACCUGGCCAUUUACGAAGAGUUUGUAGAAAAAAAGAAUUUGAUCGUCGCAUAAAAUCUACGAUUUCAAACCGCGGGAAUAAUGGCGCGCGAGGAAGGUCACGUAGAGGACGCGUGAUCGGGUCGAGCGCCUACGGAGCGGGUGUAUGGCGGAGCGGCAACAUGGCGCGCGGGGGGCGCAGCAACGCUCGCACCGCACGCAGCAACGACGUUAUCGACGCGGCGUACUGGCUGAGCGAGCCAGCGAUGGAUGACAACUCCGGCUCGGAGCAAGACGUUGAGGGUACAAACGAGGAACCGAUACAUGACAACCUAUUCGAUGGCACGUUGGGCAAAUAUACCGGUGAAGAAGUCAAGUUAUGCGUGCGGGAUGGGACCGAGCCAGUAUUUUGUCGAGCGCGCCCCGUGCCUUAUGCAUUGCUGGCGCGGGUCAAUGCUGAGUUAGACGCGAUGCUGCGCGCCGGCGUCAUCGAGCCCGUUGAACGGUCCGACUGGGCCACACCGCUAGUUAUAGCGAGGAAGGGAGACGGUGGAAUACGCUUAUGCGCGGAUUAUAAGGUGACACUUAACAAGGCUUUACUGGUUGACAGUACUGAAGUAUUGACACACUUUGACAUAUCGCUGGAGAGCAUAGUAACAUGCGACGCGAGCGCACGCGGGCUGGGGGCCGUGCUGGCACAGCGCGCGUCUGACGGCAGCGAGCGGGUUGUGGCGUACGCAUCGCGGGCGCUCACUGCCGCGGAGUUACACUACAGCCAGAUACAUAAAGAAGCCUUGGCUAUAAUUUUCGCGGUAGACAAGUUUCAUCAGUAUCUUUAUGGCAGAAAGUUUACACUACGUACAGAUCAUAAACCGCUGGUCACAAUUUUUGGGCCCCAUGCAGGAAUACCGAACACGGCGGCGAGUCGUUUACAGCGGUGGGCCAUUAAACUAUCAGCUUACGAUUUUAAUAUAGAGUACAUUCGAUCAGAUAAAAACACGGCAGAUAUUUUGUCUAGGUUAAUUAGCACUCAUAAAGAAGGGGUUAUUAGUGAAGAAUUAGACACACCUGAACAAACGUAUUUACACUUUGCCGCGGAAGCAUUGUUAUUAGAUUAUCAAACGUUAAAAAAAGAAACCGUUUCGGAUAGUGUAUUGAGCAGAGUAGCCAGAUAUAUAAACGAUGGCUGGCCGGUCGAGGUCGAAAUGAAAGAAUUAAAACCAUAUUUUAACCGUAGAAAGGAAUUAUAUAUUGAGCUAGGGUGUGUAAUGUGGGGACAUAGGCUAGUAAUUCCUAGUACGUGUAGGAAUAAAGUGAUCGCUGAGCUUCAUGAGAGUCACAUGGGCAUAGUCAAAACUAAAUCGUUAGCGCGAAGUUACGUAUGGUGGCCGGGAAUAGACGAGGCACUAGAGGCAGCAUGUUGCAGCUGCACCGUGUGCGCUGAAGUGGCGGACGCACCACCUGCGCAUGCGCCCCGCGCCUGGCCGUGGCCAGAUCGACCGUGGACCAGGAUACACGUAGACUUCUUAGGACCGGUAGCCGGUCUUACUUAUCUAGUGGUAGUCGAUGCACAUUCAAAGUGGAUUGAAGCUAUUAGAAUGCUGAGCACCACAUCGCAAGCGGUAAUAAAAGAAUUACGAGAGAUGUGGGCGAGAUUUGGGUUACCUAAACAAUUGGUUAGUGAUAAUGGCCCUCCGUUUUUCAGUGGAGAAUUUCAGCAAUUCUUAAAUAAUAAUGGUAUAGAACAUAUAUUUUCGGCACCUUAUCACCCAGCUUCUAAUGGGGCAGCGGAAAACGCUGUUAAAAUUUGUAAAAAGAGCAUUAAAAAGGCGAUUAAAUCGAAAUCCGACGUACACUCCACAUUGUGUCGUUUUCUGCUGGCGUACAGAAACACACCACACUAUACAACCGGGGAAAGCCCCGCCAAGAUGUUAUUAGGGCGCAACUUGCGCAUGCGGUUAGAUUGUUUGAAACCAGACCAGAAGGCACUUAUUAGAGCUCGCCAAGAGACAGUAGAAGCUACAUCGAGUGGCGUCACAAGACAGUUUAAUCCGGGGGACCUUGUAUGGUUCAGAGAAUACCGUAGCUCAAACAAGUGGUCUGCAGGGACUGUUAUAGAGAAAACAGGUAGUACAGAUUAUAAUGUUAAAUCUAUCCACGGCACUGAGGUGCAUAGACACAUUGACCAACUAAAACCAAGAGUGAUAAAUAGGACAGCUAGGCUAGUAGAUGCAAACUUUAGGAACUUUCAACCAGUUCAGCCUGUUAAGAGCUCUCGCUCUUCUCUCGUGUUUCCUUCGGACAAUAAUCGAGCGCCGAACACAGAACAGGACCGGACAAACGGAACCAGCUUGACGAAAGCAUUGGUCGAGGAAACAUCCCGCACGCAAACAGACGGAAGUGAUUUGGUUACAAGUGAACCCUUGUCAACGUCAAGUGUACCUUUAAAUAUGCCCAAGGUGCAGGAGACGGGUAGUCCUAGGGUUCCUAUUACUCGGGAUAUACGAACUAGUAAUCGUACACGCAAACCGGUUAAGAGAUAUGGGUUUGAUGAUGAUUGA